GUUUCAAUUGGUCGGGCCUGAUAUCUACUGGCAGGUCAAACAACGUAUUGGUUAGCACAAAGUUUGUGUCAGACUCUCUCAAUGUGAUUCUUUUGCUUUCCCCUUAAUAUAUAUUUUUGUAACCGUUUACUCAGUUUACUAUAAAGUUAAUUAAAAUUAUUACACCUCAUAGUAUAAACAUAAAAAUUCAAAAAUCAUAAAAACAAGUGUCUGUUUUAAUUUAAACAACUCAUAUAUGUAAUGGCAGUUUAUAAUAAUCAACAUUACUAUUUUAAAACUAAAUAUACAUGUAUAUUUUUAUAAAAAAAAAAAAAAAAAGAGCAACAACAACAACAACAAGAAUUGUUACAAUGUGUUGUUUAAGUUUAUAGUGAGUUAAUUUAUAUUGUUAUUUUUUUUUUUUUAUUAUUAUUAUCGUUUAAGUGGUUAAAGUGUUGUUGUUGUUAUUAUCAUUGUGAUAAAUUUGGAGUAAAGUGUGUUAUCCUGAUUGAUUUUUUUUCGUUUGGAUCUGGAUCACAUAAUAAAGAAUGCCAUCAGAAGUGAACAUCACACUUCCGGUGGUUGCUGGCGAUGUUUUGGCCCUGAGGGGAGCUGGUCUAGCAGCACCAGAAACUUGGGCUCUACUUUGUCAAGCUGCCCAGGCCCUCCAGGAUUUGUUUCUAUCAAAUGGAGGUGUUGUGGGAGGAGGAUCACAUGCUGGACCAGUAGUUACACCACAUACAAUUGAAUUGACAUCAAGGGGUAGAGUGAUGCUUCAACUUGCACCACCAGAAACAGCAAGGGCAUAUUUACCCCCUGAAUACAGACCUGGUCGUUUAUAUUCAGACACAGAUUCAGAAAAGAUGUGGAUGUAUUCAUUGGGUCGUGCAUUAUUGGAUACAACACCACGUGCAGCAGCUUUAACUGGCUCAGUAUCAGUAUCACCAACAUCAGCAUUACAGUCAGUUUUAGCAGCAAUGACUGAGCCUGAUCCACGAAGACGUGCAUCACUGAUGAAUCUUCUUGAUGUGAUUUCAGAAUACUGUCGAACUCGUCUUCAAUCAAAGCCAUUCACUCAUAUCGUUAUGGAUAUGUAUCGAGAAGUCAUGCGAUCUUCUCAGUAUGCAGCUCGACGAAGAAUAGCAGGACAAUUACGUUCAAAUUAUAUGGUAUCAUCUCAACAAGAUUCUCAUGUAAAUGAUAAUCGUCAAAGUAAUUAUCAUUAUUCAAAGCAUCAAGCUCGUGGAAAUUUAUUUAAAACACAAUCACGAAAUUCACGUUCACAUCCAAAUUUACAAUCUUUAACUGGACAAGAAACAACAAUACCAACAACAAUUAAUAAUUUAAAACCACAAUUUCAAUCACAAAUUGAUAUUAAAAAUACAAAUAAUAAUGUUAAAAUAAAUUCACAAAAAAUUUGUGAAGAGCAAUCAAAAAGUUCACAUCAUUUAGAUUUAAAAAAUGAACAAAUACAACAAACAAAUAGCAAAAUAUAUAGUGAUCCAAUUUAUGCACUACCAGUAAAGCCAUUUCUCAGCUCGCAGGAUGUACGACUCAAUAGAUUUACAAUUAAAACAAGUGAAUCAAAUGGUGAUGUCUAUGCACAACCAACUAGAAUUCGUAAUAAUUGUAAUAGUGGUGUAUCACAGCCAAAUAUUGCUCAUCUUGCUAGAAAUGAUGAGAUUAUUUAUGAUAUACAAAAUCGUCCCAAUAUUCAUCGACAGCUUUCAAAUCCGCAAUUACCAAAUUCAAAUAUUAAUUCUGGUAUUGUUGGACAUUAUACAAAUUCAAUUACACCUGGAAGACUUCAAGUUUUUAUUAGUCCAGAAGAACGUAAAAAUAGAUUAUUACAAAAUCAAGAAUCAUCAUUAAAUGUACAAAAUUUAAAUAUUUCUGUACCACCAAAACCACCUAGAAUAAUAACAAGUAGUAGACAAGUAUCAUUAUUAUCAGAAAAUAAUGAACCACCACCUAAACCACCAAGAAAUGCUGUACGUAAUGGACCAAGAGCAAGACGUGGUAAACCAGUACAAAGAGCACCAUCUAGAUUAUACAGAGCAAUAAGUGGUACAACAAGAUCUUUAAAUAAAACACAAUGUAUUGGUCCUGAAUUUGUUGUACGAGCUAAUCAACCACCAAAAAUACUCAGCUUGUGUGAUGUUGAGAGUGGAUGUACUGGACGAAUUGUUGUUAUACUUUUAACUGGACAGCGUAUUGAUGUUACUUGUGAUCCUCAAAAAAUCACAGCAGGUGAAUUAUUUCAGGCAAUUGUUCAAGCUGAAAAUCUUGACGAAAACUUUACUCUUGGUUUGGCAGCAUUGUUAGCUGGUGAUUUUGCAAUGCUACCACCUGAGACAAAAUUAAAUGAGGUUGCACCUCCAGGGUGGUUGAAUAAUGCUAAAAAUAAAGGUCCCCUGAGUUUACCAACCAGCUUCAUGCUUUAUUUGAGACUACGUUUUUUCUUACCAUCAGUUCGAGGAUUAAGGUGUUGGAUAUCGAAACACUUGCUGUACCUUCAAAUAAGACGUUGCAUACUGGAACAGCAAUUAGUUUGCCCUUUGAGUCAACUUGUUAACUUGACUGGUCUAGCUUUACAAGCUGAAUUUGGAAACUACAGUGUAAAUGAACAUGGUCGUGGUGAUUAUUUUUUACUCGAGCACUAUAUACCAGAAUCACUUAUAUUAAAUUCAGAUAAUCAACAAAGUCAAUUAAAUGACACUGACGUGUUAAAAGGAAGACUACAUCAGGCACAUCGUGAUCGUCGUGGUUUAGAUACAAAUACAUCUGAAGAAAUGUUUAUACAACAUGCACAAGAAUUAAAUGAUUAUGGUUCACAUUUUUAUAUUGCAAAUGUUGAUACAAAAGAACUUGAUAAAAUUAUUGAAAUAUUAAAAAAAAUUGAAAGGAAAAAAUUAAAUACAUCAUGUAAUAGUGGUAAUAAAUCAUUUAAAAAUGAUAAUAGCUAUAAAAUUGAUGAUAAUGAUGUUGAUUAUUCAAUUUAUGGAAAAAUGGAAUUUUCAAAACAAGCAACAUAUGGUAAUAUAACAAAUGAACAAUUAAAUAAUGAUAAAAUUCAACAACAACAACAACAACAACAACAACAACAAAAUGAAAAUGACAUUUAUGCAAUUCCAAAAAGUAAUGCAGUUAUUGUUGUUGAAAGAAAUAAUAAUAAAAAUAGCAAGAGUAAUAUCAAUAAUAACAUUAAUAAUAAUAUUAAUAAAGAUAAAAAUAAAAUUAAAAAAACAGAUACAAAUGUAUGGUUAGCAAUUAAUAGUGAAGGAAUUAAAUUAUUUGAAAGACCUGGUAAACCAAGACAACGAACAGAAUUAAUACGUUUUGAAUGGAAAGAUAUACGAAAAUUAAGUUGUGGUAAAAAUUGUCUUAUUGUUAAAUUAAAUGGUAAACGUACAAAAUUUAAAUUACGUAUGGAUCAUAACAAAAAUUAUUAUGUACAUGAAUUAGCAUUAAUGCAUCGUCAAUUUUUUCCUAAAUUAAAAUCUGAAAUGACAACAUUACAAAGUAUGACAAAUGAUUUUGGUGCAAAAUUAACAGUUGAUAAUGAUGAUGAAAAAACAUCAUUAUCAUCAUCACCAAAGCUUAAUAAAUUAGAUAAAAAAUUAUCAAAAAUAUCAAUAAUUGAUAUAUUAAGUAAAAAAGAACAAAAAUUUUCAUUACCAUUAGAGGAAUAUCAAAAUAAAGAAAAUGAAAAUCCUGAUAAAGUAUCUGUACAAGCUGGUAAAAGUGAUGAAGAUGAACCAGUUUGUUAUACACCAGAAGAUGAUGCACUUUAUGCACAAGUUAAUGCAAGAUUAGAGCCUGAGGGUGCAUCAAGAGAUACUGAAGAUGAAGGAGAAAGAUGUAGAAGUGAUAGAGGAAUUGAUGAAAAAAUAAUUAACGAUGAUAAACUUUAUACGUAUCUUGGAUCAGAUAUUAAUAGUGAAAAAUCAGUACCAGCUUAUGCUGUACCGAAAAAAAAAAAUAAUAAUUUACUUUUAACUGAUGAUGAAAGAUCAGAAAAACAAGUACAAAAUCCAGAAGAUCUUUAUGCUGCUAUUAAUAAAUCAUUUAAUAAAAAAAAUGAUUUUCCAGCUCCUGAUGAAAUUUGGGAUAUUAAAUCUAAAGAUAUUGUUGCUAAAAAUAUUCACAAGAUAAAGACAUCAAGUUUACCGAAUUAUGGAACACCAAAACAAAGUACAGGAUUUAGAACACCUAGUUUACCACGUCGAUUGGGAGUUAAAAUGGGUACACGAGCGAUAUACAGUAGUUCAGUACAACGUGAUUCCAGCCUUGCCGACGAUUUAGAAUCUUUGUCAAUGAAAUCUGACUCAGCAUCAUCGAUUCAAUCAGCUUCUGCACAAUCUACCGAGUCACCAUUGCCUGAAGCAUAUGUACUCAAUGCAGAUAUUUGUACAAAUGAUGAGACAUUUAGAAUAACAAAUGAUGAAACAAUGUCAGAUUCAUUGGUUGCUAGAUUAGAAGAAUUAUCAUUUGCUGAAGAAAGAAUUUUACAUACAGUAAAAUUAGAACGAGGAUACGGUGGAAGUAUUGGACUUCAAGUAACUAAAGGAAAUGAUGGAGGAGUUUAUAUUCAAGCUAUUUCAGUUGGAGGAUCUGCUGAUAUGGCUGGAAAUGUUAAUAACGGUGAUAGAAUUGUAGCAAUAAAUGGACAAAGUUUACUUAAUUUUCCUUAUGAAGAUUCAUUAAAAAUGUUACAAAGUACAUCAGCAACAGUAGAACUUGUUUUAUCACAAAUAACAUCAACACGUCAAGAUUUAUUAUCAUCACAACAACAACAACAACAACAACAUUUAUCUGAUACAUUUGAUAGUAAUUAUUUACGUAAUUUUCAUUUUGAAGUAUCAUCUGAAGCUGAAGCAACUAAUAUGACAAAUAAAUGGCUUUUACAAAAAGCAAUUGAUGUUGCAUCUGUACAAAAUACAUCAAGUGCUUAUAGUAGUGCUGCAUCAAGUGCAAUGGGUAACCACAAUACAAAUAAUAUAUAUCAUAUGGAUGUUGCUGAAUCAAAUCCCAUUAAUUCCGCUAGUAUGCUUUUAAGUCUUGAGGAUUUUGAUGUAAGUCGAACGAGUCGUCAAGUUUUCAUAUAAUUAAG